ACUUCUGUAUUUAUGUACGGACACGUACUCGGCUGAUGUACACUUUUGUACAUAUGUACAUGCACAUAUUUAUAUACACUCACUAUGAAAAGUAUUAUAUAUCGAUGCGCAGGAUUGCUUGUCAUAUGACAUGGAAUACUUUCAUGGUGAUGUCAUAGAAUAUUGAAAAGGAUUCAAUCAGCGGUACCUGUCGAGGGGGUAUACGGAGUUGAGAUUUGUAGUAUAAUAGCGAACAACACAGCACGGCACCAGAUUUAUUAUUAUUCUUAUUUAAGAAUUGUGAACUGCUAAGUGGAUAGAAAGCUAGCACGGGAAGGAUAUAAUAUGAUAACACGGAAAGCGAAGGAUUAAGUGAACUAAUGACUGUCGUCACGCCACGUAGUCAUACUUGUACGUGGGACCGUUCUGCAUUGAGAGCAUUUAACUCAGCAACAAACUCCGACGAACUAUUGCUGGGGAGUGAGAGUAUCUGUAACGGUUGACGUUAUCAUCGCAUCUGACCACACAUACAAACAAGCACAAACAAAUUACACACGUGCCACUGUGCACACAUAUAUCACGCGUCCACAUACAAACUCGCACACACUCACUCUCUCACUCAUUGCACUGCAUCCAGAUAUUCAUAUGCACAUGAUAUUUGAAUAUACGCAUGUGAUAUAAAUAGGUCUCUAUUUUGGUCAACAGAAUGGGCAGACCUACACGGAGCACGCACACGGCAGUGAAAUUGGUCCUCUGCACUGUCGAGCUACCUUCAGAUAUUUUACUCCGCAUAUUUUAUUUUCUACCACAGACAAGCCUAUUCACAAUCGCACAGGUGUGUAAACGAUGGCACAACUUAACUAUGUCACACGAUUUGUGGACACAGAUCGACCAAAACGUGUUGAACAGAUGGUACGCACUGAAGCGGCAUCGUACCAUAGAAGACUUCUAUACGUUCUUAGAGCACCCGCGCUUUGCACGUCUGGAACACUUGGCGUUUCCAAGGGAUCUCAAAUUCGGGGAGUUUCCCCUCUACGGAAUUCUUCCCAACGGUGAACUGACUUCCGAUACACUCUCAGAGAAGAUCGUGGGUACUACUUUCGCGGAUUACCAAACACACAACACAAAAGCGCUUGUGGAGCGCUUGGCGAGUCAGUGUAAAUAUAUCGAAACCUUAAACCUGUGUAAUAGCCGGUUUGGAGUUGGAGAUAUGUGGAAUUUCAUUCAUCUUCCCAAUCUGAGUCGAAUCGUGGCUCCUUUUAUUUCAAAGAUUUCGAGUGGUCCAACGGCGGACAUUGUGUCGCAUUUGGGUAACCAAUUAACGGAUCUAAGGUUUGCCUACGACCCCAAAAUAAGUGGCCAUGCCGGCACUGUGCUAUUAAGACUGGUUGCGGAGCAUUGCCCGAAUUUGAGGGUUUUGUGCAUCGCUCUGAAGCAAGAGUUCCGAAACCUUUACCACAAAGUACCCCCAGGACGCUACUCGCCUAUUAGUGACGAACUGUUGGAAGUCGUGAAUCAGUGUACGUUACUGAGACGGUUGUGUCUCAUAGGCGUUGAAACCUCUGAUAAACUACUCGCGCACAUAUACGCGAGAAGAUGUGUGAAUGAACUGCUGCACUUGGAAAGAUUGGAUGUUGGGCUCAGAGAGAUGCAUAAUAUGGCGAGGGAUGUUCACAAAGGGUUGACAGAUAUGGGACUGUUAGUGACACAUACAGAAUAUGCCAGUGUAGACGCGAGUGUGUUCUUCGGUAGAAACGCAGAAACGCAGAAUUGAGCUUCGACGGAGAGAAUACGAUAGGUAUAGGUAUAUAUCGAAGGAUUGGAGGUGUGGGACGGUAAAAUGGUCUGGUAUAAUAAUAAAAAUAUCAUUAGAACCUAUGCGAGACGCGAGACGCGAGACACUCAGAACUCUUAAUUGCCAAAGCCCAAAUACCAUCUAUUAAAACGAUACCAAUAUAUAAUACAGACACGUGGGAUGCGACAGCAUACUAUUAUCUCUACUAGAGAGGCGCUGAAGAGUGAAAACACAUGCGGCGUCACGCCAUAUUCGUAUCGAUAAUGAAAUACCUGUAGAC